GUGUGAGACGCUGCAGGGGCAGCUGGAGGAGCUGGAGAGAGCUGCUACCCACUUGGAAAAGCUCUGCCCAGCUCAGAUGGGUACCAUUGGCCCAAAGGUGCAGGGAGCCCUGCAGGCCUGGGAAGGACUGCAGAAGCUGCUAAGGGAGAACAAGGCCCACGUGCAACAGGCUGCACGGCUGCGGCAGUUCUUCAAGGAUUAUUUAGCCAUGAUCUCCUGGACGGAGGACACACGGGCUCAGAUCUUCUCGGAAAGCCCGGGCAGCAAUAGCCUUUUGGAUAUUCAGUGUGAGGAACUGGAGAGAAAGAUUGAAGGCAAGUUCAAGGAGUUUGAGGAACUGGCAGCAGUGGGACAGACGCUGGUGGCUGAGGAGCACUAUCUGAGUGAGACAAUAAAGGAGCGCAUGGAGGAGCUGCAGAGCAUGCUGGGCUGGGUGCUGGUACGUUGGCGAGCGCAGAAACACCAGCGAGACCCUGGAAGCAAGCAGGAGGACAGAAAGGACCCUGAAAGUCCCCCGGGUGUGCCUUCAACUGGCCAGGAGCAGCAAGUCCCAUGUGCUCAGCCAUGUGCAGACAGCAUCCUUGGCCUGAAAGGAUUUGCACCCUGCUCCCCAUCUGUAUCUACUCAAAGAUUAAAGCUGCAGUCACAGGUGCUGGAGAAAACGGCCAUUUCCCCGCCAGUGUCACCCGUCUCAGAUGCCCUCUUUGGACCAGAGCCCAGCAGCUUGGUGCCCCACAGCCCUCCCCCUGAGGAGGAGGGUCUCAUCUGGGAUCCUUCUGAGACCUCCACUGUGUUGUUGCCGUCGCGAGGGACUGGCAGCCUGGGCGGAACAGUCAACUUGAUCCUGAGCAUUGGCAAGAAGGGAGAGAAGAAGACACCACAGCUGGCGUUGGGUGGAGAACGGCCUGAGGAUGAAGCUCCACAAACGGCGAGCGCCUCCGCGUGCGUGGAGGAGCACUAUGGACAGAGGGCAAGGAGCUCCGCCGUGCGGCAGCCAGCAAAGCAAGCGCCAGCCGCAGCCUGCCGCCCUCCGGCACCCCGCGCUGGGGCAACCCACACCCUGCCCAAGGCCAGCCCCGGCUCCAUCUUCAACAGCCUGCAGAGGAAGGAGAAGGUGAAGGCUGAGCACGCGCGGCUGCUAACGCUGCAAGGCAUCAUGGGCCCCAGCUCCCUGCAGCCCCUGCCCGAGGAGAGGCACGGCCCCAGCAACACGUGGCCCUUGAAGUGCGGACGGAGGAAGGCGGUGCCGGGGGCUCCCGGCCCCCAGCUCGAGGAGCUGCUGCUCUACGUGAAGAACCCGCUGGUGCGGGACAUUGAUGCAGAGUGUGGGGCCGCCCCCGGGGUGUCCAAACUCAGCCUCCCCCGCCACAGCGGGGGACCUAGUACUGUGCAGCCUGCCGACGGGCCAAGUAACACCUGCCCCCACCUCUCGCUUGGGUCUGUCCUCAGCCUGGAGCUACCCAAGGACUUGGCUGCCUUGGGCUGCCUCCAAGGCGCUGCAAUGGCGGCACCGCAGGAGGAGGUGGAGGGGAAGGAGAAGAAGCAGGACAGAAGGGCGAAGCGCUGGGAGGCGGCAGGGGCAAGCAAGCCCGGGCGGCAGGAGGAGGACGCAGACAGUCACAGUGCCCAGGGGCUGGGUGAAGGCCUGGGGAAGCCCCCCAAGGACGAGCGAGGAACGUGGUUCGAAGAGGUGAGCUUCAACCCGAGCUACAGCCGGCAGAAAGCACAAGGCUUGGAGGUGGCCCACUGCGAGGAACGGAGCAGUCCUGACAGCCCCAAUGAAGACAUGCUGGACUUCAGGCUGAACCGGCUGUCCCGCAUCAGCGUGCUGCACGAGCAGCUCUCGGUGUUCGCCUGUGAGCUGGGCGGCCAGCAGCACAGCCCCGAGACCCGGAGCCCGGCGGAGAUCUGCCACCCAGCCCACAAGCUGUUUGAAGAGGAGGAGGAGGAGCUGCAGGCCAUCUGGGACCACGCAGAAGAGCAACUGGCACCAAGCCUGCGGGCAGAGAGCAGCACCCAACGCCUGCCCACCAGCAGGACGGGCAGCCUGCAGAGCCCCGAUGUCAACAGCGGGCCCCUGAUCCUCUCGGCAACUAAUAACGUACUGGUAGCCAAGUUCACCCUUCCCACUUCUGCCCAGCUGCUGCACAGCCCAGUGGUAGAGAAGCGCCCCAGCGACAGGCACAGCGGCAGCCCGAGCACGCGUGGGGCAGCCCUUCCCUGCCCAGAGGCACCCCACAGCAUGGGGCACUCCAUGUCCACAGCCUGGGCAGACAGUCCCAGGUCGCGGGAUCAACAUCAGGACGAGGAGCAAGAGGGCGGCAAGGCCCCUCUCGGUAAAACAGAGUUUCAGAUGAUGGAGGGGACCCUGGAGAGGAAGCACGUGCUGCAGACAGGAGGUAGAAAGGCGACCUGUCGCGCCUGGAGCCUGUUCCACGCGGUGCUGAUGAGGCAGACGCUGUGCUUCUACCAGGACCGCAGGGACAGCCUGAAGAGCUCCGUGGUGGCCCUUCCCCUGAACCUCUCCGGGGCGGUCUGUGCCCCAGACACAGAGUACACCAAAAAGACCAACUGCUUCAGGCUACAGCUGCGGGAUGGCUCUGAGUAUCUUCUGAGGGCCCCAUCCCAGAUGCUCAUGAAUGAGUGGGUUUCCAAGCUGCAGCAGAACUCAGGUUUCCCCGAAGUGGAUUACUUCCAGGCAGCAGCACAGAGUGUCGAGAACACCAGCCCUGCUGGAGGUUUCAGCAAAGUCACUGGGCCCGGAAGCUCCCACCUCCAGGGGCCCUCUCAGGCCAUGACUGCCAAGAGCCAAGAGAUUGUGGUGUUACCGCGCUCAAAUGCCAGGCUGCAGCUGCCUUUUGGCAGCCAGGAUGGCCCAGCAGACGGCGCAGCAUCCUCAGCAGGUGACUUUCCUGCCCCUCGGGCUUCCUGGCCGCAGGGCCCAUGGAGCCUACCCUACUCACUACACAAAUAA